CAUGACAACGGAAGUAUCCCUGAUAAACAUGUUGUAUAUCUGUUAGUUAAUUCAGAGCUAGGUACUUUACAACCCAUCAAGAAAAAAAACAAUCUUUUUCUGUGGGAUGCUAAAACGAUAACAGUAAAAUGCCUAGUAACAACCCCGCCGUCCAAAGGCCUAUCUCUGAGCAGAUAGAAGAACUCAAGGCAAAGAUUUCGCUACUUGAGGGAGAUAGGAAAGCAUACUAUGAAUCUUCUCAAUAUGCCUUGAAAAAGAACAAAGAGAAGAUAACAAAUCUGAGAAAAGAGACAAAAGAACUGAGGCAACGCUUAAAGGACAAACUUUCGCAAGAUUCCCAUGUCAUCAGUAAAGCCUUUCAUGACAGACCAGUGGAGAAGGCAGCUCUGUCUAACAAGUCAGGCAGGCAAGCUAUAACAAUUUUUGACAACAAAGUGUGUGACUCCAUGAAGCAGCUGAACAACAAACGCCAUGUCACCGCCCGCAAACAAAAAAAGCUGGAGGAGCUACAGACCCAGUAUGACCAGAUGUCCAAAGACUCGUCUGACGCAGCUGAAUGUGACAAGGGGGACUCGGCCGAGGCUCAGAACAUGCGAUACCUAGAGAAUAGCUACGACAAAGUGGCUUUAAAAACAGAGGAAGCCAAACAAGUGCAGCGAGUUUAUCUGGACAUCAAACACAGGUUUGAAGUGGAAUCUCAAGAGUACCCCACCAAACUUGAUGCCCUGGAAACAGAAAUAAGAGACACCAGAGCCCAGCUGAAAGACUUGAAGGCCAUGCACAAUGAUGCCCAGAUAUCCAAAGAGGCUGCAGUCAAUGACCUGCGCAACCAUGAAGAAACUGUGUACGCAGACAGGAAGAAACGAGAGAUUGAGCUGCAGAAGAUGAAGAAGGAAGCAGAGGAAAAGAAAAUGCAACAUGAAAGAAUUGAAAAAAGAUUGGCCCAGCGUGGCAGCAUCCAGCAAGAUGAACUCAGCCCAGAACAGAAGGCAGCCCUGACAGGGGAGGACCAUCAGCAGAAGAUAACAACUUAUGAAGAGGCCUUCAGACGCAUCAAGGAGUGUACUGGUGUCUCUGAAACAACGGAAGUGGUUGUGAGGUUUGAAAACCAGGAUGACACAACCAAACAUUUGGAGGAGCUGAAGAAAGAGAAUGAGAAACAAAUCAUCAGACUGAGGGAGGACAAGGAGAAACUGCAGCAGGAGUAUGAGGAGAUGAAGUACUCAGGGGAGGCGAAACUCUCCAGUGGGCAGGCCAUGCUGGAGGAGUUCCAAGCCCACUUAGACAAAGAGAAAGAGAGGAGGGACAAAGCUGACCAGCAGCUGCAGAAUUCCAGCCGCAUCCUGGUGCAGGUCAAGUCAGGUGUAGAGCACCUGGCUGACAAGUUACAUCACAUCAAAGCUACAAAGGGUCACGUGCCCUCUGCCCAGAUCGCCCCCACAUCAAACGAGUAUGUUUUAGACCAGCUGUCCGUGUCUGAAGAAAAACUGACCAAAGUCAUUGAAGAGCUGGACGGCAAAGAUCUGCAGGAGAUCUCUAAACAAAUGGAGGAGGAGGAGUUCCACGCCAGCAUAGAAGGGAAGUUACCUGCCUACAAUACAAGGGUCAAGUUACCUCAAGCACAAAGAGAUCUGGCAUUUGGGGAAGAAGAUGAUGACAGUGGUGAAGACGAUCUGGAUGUUCCCAAUAGAUCGGCCAUUAAAAAACAAUCAGAGUUUAUCGUGGAGAGUAAAACAAAGAGAAGGGUCCCUAAAAAGAAGAAGAAGAUGAAGUAAACAAUAACAAUGUGUUUUAACAGAUUCAACUUGUUUAUGUGUAGAAGUUAAAAUUUUAAGAAUGUUUCUGUAUCUUUAAGGGGAGAUAAAUGCAAAGCUAAAAAAUUGUUAUAAUUGUACCAUUGCUCUCCCCUGUAUAAAAAAAUAACCGCUGCCAUUACUACAGUAGUAAUUUCUUUAUAACUGCUGAUAUUAUUUUUAGAAUAUUUUAACCCUUAAUGGCUAGUUUUGUUGUGACAAAAUUCACUCCUUAUAAGGCACAAGUAUUAAAUAAUUAAGUUCGUUAAUUCUUUCUUGUAAGUUUUGAUUUUGUGGAAUAAAAUAGUUUUAUAUAAUUGU